CCGCGCGGCAGUUGAAUUGCGUUUAUUUUAAGAAGUCCACGUCGUUUCCUAUAAAAGGUUAUUUCGCUGGUCCAUUGACGGUACGCGUCGUCGUGUACGUGCGUGUGUGCGCGAGAGAGUGCGUAAACCCGUUCGCGUUUCGCUUUCGCACCUUUGUGUGUCUCGUCCCCUCUUCUCAACGCUACCCCGGGACAGUCCGAGUGCCGUCGGCGAGAAUUGUUUUUCGCGUUUUUUUUUUUUUUUUUUUCUGCUUUGCCCCGAACCUCCUCCAAAAUGCCCGUGUUUCACACGAAGACCAUCGAGAGCAUAUUGGAACCCGUCGCACAGCAGGUAUCCAGAUUAGUAAUUUUACAUGAAGAUGCUGAAGAUGGAAGUGCAAUGCCGGACUUGGAAAAGCCGGUUCAAGCUGUCAGUCGUGCAGUCAUGAAUCUUAUUAAAGUGGGCAAAGAAACUAUCAACAGUAGUGAUGAUCCCAUACUUAAGCAGGAUCUUCCUUCAGCUCUUUAUCGAGUUGAAGGUGCAUCACGUUUACUUGAAGAAGCUUCAGCUAUGUUAAAACAAGAUCCAUAUAGUGGACCAGCUCGAAGAAAACUGAUAGAAGGAUCUAGAGGAAUCUUGCAAGGGACUUCAUCUCUAUUGUUAUGUUUUGAUGAAUCUGAAGUCAGAAAAAUUAUAAGAGAAUGUAAAAAAGUUUUGGAUUAUUUAGCUGUUGCCGAAGUUAUUGAAAGUAUGGAAGACUUGGUGCAGUUCCUUAAAGAUUUAAGUCCUUGUUUGAGUAAAGUUUCUCGAGAAGUUGGAGCACGUGAAAAAGAACUCACUCAUCAGGUUCAUAGAGAUAUACUUAUUCGAUGUUUGGACCAAGUGAAGACUUUAGCACCAAUACUUAUUUGUAGUAUGAAGAUAUAUAUUCAUAUUCUUUCAGAAGGAGGUAAAGGUGCUGCUGAAGCAGCUGAAAAUAGAGAUUAUCUCACUAGCCGAAUGACUGGAGAGUUAUUAGAGAUAAUAAGAGUCUUACAGUUAACAACUUAUGACGAAGAUGAAUGGGAAGCUGAUAACAUUACAGUUAUGCGAAAAGCUCUUAAUAUAAUUGAAGGAAAAGUUAAUUCUGCUCACGAUUGGUUACAAGAACCAUUAUCAAUGCCUGGUGGUUUGGGUGAAAAGUCUAUUCGUCAUUUGCUUGAACAAGCUCAUUUAAUAUCUGAUCGCUGUUCACCUAACGUGAGAGAUCCAAUACAAAAACUGUGUUCAGAAAUUAAUACUAUGACUGAUGCACUUUGUGAACUACGACAUGACGGAAAAGGUGCUACUGCUCAGGCAGAAAGCUUAUCACGUAGUAUUGAUGAAAGAAUUGGAGAGUUAGUAAAACUGGUAACGAGAGCAGUUAAUGACACAGAAAAAAGUGGUUAUGCUGCUAAAGGACAACAAGUAGCUCAUACACUUGGUGGCCAAUUGGAUCAAGCUAGACAAUGGUUAUUACAUCCAGAAAGAAAUGAUAAUGGUUUGGGUCAAAAAGCUAUUUCAUUGAUAAUUGAUGAAGCACAUAGAGUGGCUGAUGGUCUUCCUGGCGUCCAAAGAGCAGAAAUAUUAAAUCUUUGUGAUGAAGUGGAUAUCUUGUCUCGACAAUUAAGUGAUUUUUGUAGACGGGGUGAAGGAAACUCUCCUCAAGCACAACAAAUAGCUAGAAAAUUGUCUCAUAAGUUAGAAGAGUUGAAAAAAAUGAUUCAAGAUGCAGUGGUUAGUCGUGUUGUUGAAGAUUUUGUUGACAUAAAUACACCAUUAAAACAAUUUACAGAUGCAGUACAUGUGCCAAAAGGAACUCCUGGUAGAGAGGCAAACUUUGCUGAUAGAGCAACUAGAUUGUCUGAUUGGUCAAAGCGUGCUGGUCGAACUGGACGUCUUGUAGCAGCUACGGGAAGUGGUGGUAAAAAAUUAUCUGAAGCACUUAAUCAAGCAGCCAUACAACUUGAAUCUCUUGGACCUCAAUUAAUUAACGGUGGACAGAUUAGAUCGCAAUACUCUGAUAACAAAGUGGCUGGAGAGCAUUUCGAUAAUUUGUGUUCUCAAUAUGCUAAUACAGCAACACACAUUAGAAAUCUUUGUGAUGAGGCCACAGAUACAGCUACUUUCAUUCGACUUUCUGAGGAUCAAAUGCGUAAACAUGCAAAACUUUGUGAGGAUGCCAUUUCCAGGCGUGAUCCUAAUAAAAUGGUGGAGCAUACAACAGCUAUUGCUCGUUUAGGAAAUAGAGUAUAUCAAGUUGCUAAACAAGAGGCAGACAAUUCUGAAGAUCCUGUUUUUCACGCAACCCUCAACAGAGCAGCAGACAUAUUACAGGCAUCAGUUGCAAGAAUGGUUCAAGAUGCUAAGCCUGUAGCAUUAAAUACCAAUGAUGAUCAAGCUGUUAAACGUUGGCGAGAAUCUAACAACGUACUAUUGGAUGCAGUCCAUGGCGUACGCGGUGCUUUUACAGUUGUACCUGACCUGUAUGAACUUUCUAUUGAACCUGAAAUUGCUCCACCUCGUCCACCAUUACCUGGCGAGCAAGUACCUCCGCCGAGACCACCAUUACCAGCUGAAACUGAUGACGAAGAUGAAAUGUUCAAACAUGCACCAUUACCCAAUCAACCUAUUAUGGCUGCUGCUCAUGGAUUGCAUCAAGAAGUUCGACAAUGGUCUAGUAAAGACAACAAGAUUAUUGCUGCUGCUAAGAAAAUGGCACUGUUGAUGGGUCGAUUAUCACAGCUUGUUCGUGGACAGACAGGCACCAAACGUGAUCUUAUUGCUUGUGCUAAAGCAAUUGCUGAAGCUUCUGAGGAAGUAACACGUUUAGCCAAAGAAUUGGCUAGAGAGUGUACCGAUAAGAGAAUGAGAACUAACUUGUUGCAAGUUUGUGAACGUAUACCAACCAUUGGUACUCAGUUGAAAAUUUUAUCUACUGUCAAAGCAACUAUGUUGGGAGCUCAUGGCUCAGAAGAAGAUCAGGAAGCUACAGAUAUGUUGGUUGGUAAUGCACAAAACUUGAUGCAGUCUGUUAAAGAAACAGUACGAGCUGCUGAAGCUGCUUCAAUUAAAAUAAGGACCGAUACUGGUAUACGGUUAUGUUGGGUGAGACGUCAACCAUGGUAUCAUUAUUAAUCUUCCAUGCACCUCAAUACCAUGGCCAUAAACAGGUGUUCAAUAUUAUUUAAGUAUUUAUAAGUUAUAACAAAGUAAUUGAUAUUAUUCACUUUGUGCACGAUUUUAAUAAUUUAGUCUCAGAGAUCAUUUACAUGAAAAAUAAGUCUUUUAAUAUGCUGCUUUGGAGUAAAUAAAAUUAAUAAUACAAAUUUGAAA